AUGGGGAAGUUUUAUGUAAGGCUUUAGAUCACUAACAAUAAAUUGAAUCAGCAAUUGAGGAUUUUUUUUCAUUUCUUUGAUGAUUAAUACACUUAAUCAAAAUACACAUUAAAUGGAUAAUUAUUAGAUGUAAUCACAAAUGUAAAUAAAAAUUAAUCCCUUUUCGAUUUUCGAUUGAAAUUAUACUAAGAUUUGCAAACAAUUAGUAACAAAUCUCUAGGUUAAAUGUGAUAAAGUUGCCAUCAGUCAUAAUUUUGAAUAGAUAUUCACAUAUUUUUCAUAAUUUUCUGAGCAUCUCAAUGGGUAUGAUGAAAUGACGAUUUUAAAGAUAGUUGCUGAAAAUUAAUUAAAUAUUAUUAAGAAUAUCAGAAGUGGAAGACUUAAAGAAUUAAAAAAAAAAUGA